AUCAGCCAGUCAGUCAGUUAGGCUAGUGAUAGCUCUCGGUUAGUCAGUCAAUUCGUCAUUUAAAUCGAAUUGAUGUACGUGGGUACAGGUACAUAUCCAUCCAUCCAUCCAGUUUGUGUUUGUCAUGACGCCAGUUUGAAAAUCCCGGUGGUGCCAGGUGGAAAUUUUUGUUGACUGUCGCAAAUCCAGGUCACCAAUAUCCAAUGAGUGUGGGGGAGGAGGAUGAAAAAUGGCUCUAAAAGUUCUCUUCCUCACGACGUGCACUCUAGUGUGGCUCUAUUGGUUGCAAGUGCCCGAUGUGGCCGGAUCGUUUUCCUCCAUCACGUGCCGCCAGUUCAGGCGAGUCGAGCGAACCUUUCUGUACGACUUCGUGACCUACAGCGAACAGGUGGAUAAGUGGCUUAGUAUCGUAACAUUUGUUGCGAGUGAUCAGCGUCCUUUGGGAGUAGGUAAAACGUACAAAGUUGUCAUUGACUCUUCCACUGUCCUGCACUUCAACGUAACCGACUACAUUCCCUUCCGCCACAUCGCCCUGGAAGCACCAACAGGCUUUCUCCGGCCACGCCUGGAGGUUUGGUUCUUCAGUCACCACCGCAAUGCAAGGCCAUCAUCAUCCACGAUUGGCGAUAAACCACCACAGCCGGAGCGACCUUCUGCACCAAAUGACCCAAAGAACACCAUCAUCAUCGAUACCAGAAGUGCCCAUAAUGGCAGCGACCAAAGUUUGCCCAUCGAACUAGCAUCAUCGUCGUCACAUCCGGCCGAGUCGUCAUCCACGAAAUUGCCACCGCAAACGGGUGUUCAUAAUGGCGAUGGCGGUCGUCAGCGUUGUGGAUGUUGCAGUCGUCGGAUUCGGAGCAAGGUCAUGGACAACGACGACAGCAGGUGCGACGAGGCGGUGAAACCAACCGCAAAUGUCAUUAGUGGCGAUGUGGAACACCAUCAUCGUUGCCAGCAUCAUCACGAGCAGCAUCAAGUGCAGAAUUUACAGCAACUGGAGCCGGAAAAUGGCCCGAGUAGCCUCGGUUUGAAGUUUUAUUUCAAACAUAACUCAUUUUUAUUUCAGCACACACUGGGACGCUUGUUACGCCUCCAGGUCGAGCGUCACUUCCGCCGGUCGCUGCGCCAUCUGGAGCUGAUUCUGGACGAUAUAGAAACACUUCAUCGGGAAUUGUACCGACCACUGUAACAUUGCAUUGCUUAGCCCGCCCCUCCCAAACCGAUGAAAUAUCAUAUCCACUCAGCUAAUGGAUUUUCCGUUGGUCGUUGGAAUCGUUGCAGCAGAGGAGCGGCCGUGGCGUUGAACACAUGCUGCAGCAUAUCGGUUACCAUCUGAAAUCAAUUGCAGUUAAGCUAUUUUGCUGGAAUUUUGCAGAUGCACGGAAGCAGACACCUUCACUAAAUCCCCAAGAUUGUCCGUCACUAUACUAGGAUCCAUUGGAAGCUCGAAAUUUCAGUCUGAACUGUACCACAAAACCACCAAACACGUAAUAACUAUUUUGGAAUGAUAUCCCAACACACAGCAGCCGUUCAGCAUUGAUUAACAUCAACCGUUUAAGUGAUACACAUUUCGGUACCAUCAGGUUGAGGCCAUCAUGAACCUCAUGUUUGAAUUAAACAUGCAGUCAUCACACAAUUAUGGGUAACUCUGCCACAACACAACUCA